CGGAGUGAUCCCGGCGAAAGGCGGGGUGAGGCGGUGACAUUCCUCAGGGUCGCAGUACCCAGUGUUCCUCCGCACAUUCCUCCGGCCGGGGAAGGCGGGAAGUAGUCCUCCGCGGAGGGAGUCUCGGGGCUCCUGCUUUCCCUCCCCAUGGAGCGCUUCCCGGAGGAGCUGAGCCUGCAGGCCGGCCGUAUGUUGGAGGAGCUGUGCCUGGAGGAGGCGGCCUGCCAGUCUGAGGUGGCUCUGCCAUGCUACACGGGUGAGAGGGGGAAGAGAUACUCUGCAGAGCUGUACAGGGGCACCUAUGAGGGGGUUCCCCAGGGCCGGGGUCCCCUGUACCACACCGGCAGCAGCCCCCGCUCCAGCGUCAGCGCCCUGAGCCCGCGUUCCAGCCUGGUCGUCCCCGGCGACAAAUAUGGCAGCCCGCGCUCCCGCCAGUACGAGGGUCCGGCGCUGACCCUGGCGAGCCCCCGCUCCAGCGUCUGCCUGCAGGACGGCCGGGCGGCCACGCUGGGGGCGUCGGUGGCCAGCCCGCGCUCCAGCAUCUCCAGCCACAGUUCCCGGAGUUCCCGCAGCUCCCGGGGGUCCCUGGGGGCAUACGGCGACCUGCCAGUGCCCUCCCCCCGCUCCUCCAUGCUGGGGCCCAGCGUACAGGAAGAGGAUCCCGGGGAGCCGUGCCACUACAGGGUCCUCGCCCAGUCCCCGCCGCGCCACGACCACCAGCAGCAGCUCGCCGAGGGGAUCUCCUACAACUUCAGCGCCGCCAAAGGCUCCGCCACGCUGCACCGCUUCAAGGUGCCGUACCAGGUGACGCCGUCCAAGGAGAGCGGGCCGAGCCAGGCCGAGAGGAGGCUGGAGGCGCUCACCCUGGAGCUGGAGAAGGAGCUGGAGAUGCACAUGAAGAAGGAGUAUUUCGGAAUCUGUAUAAAGUGCGGGAAGGGAGUGUAUGGAGCCAGCCAGGCCUGCCAAGCCAUGGGAAACCUUUUCCACACCAACUGCUUCACCUGCUGCUCUUGUGGUAAGUCCUUGCUUAGUGUCUGA